GCGAUUGUGUGUGAGUUUAUUUUGUGUGUCCCUCGAUUGCUUGGAAAUUUAUUUAACAGAAUGAGUGCAAUUAAUUUUGACAUACGAUUAAAUAAGGAGAAUAAAAUAUAUCACGAAGGCGAGCUGUUAAAGGGAUGUGUUCAUUUUCACUGCCCAACGGAAGCCAAACACGAUGGCAUCCUCCUUACACUAGAAGGUGUGGUAAACUUACAGUUAAGCACGAAAAAUGUUGGACUUUUUGAUGCCUUUUAUAAUUCUGUAAAACCCAUAACACUGCUCAACACAACGCUCGAAUUGGCUGCACCAGGUAAAUUGUCUGCGGGCGUUUCGGAAUUCCAUUUUGAGCUCCCGUUGGUGUGCAACAAAGAACCUCGUGUACUUUAUGAAACAUAUCAUGGCGUAUUUAUCAAUAUUAAUUAUCAGCUGCGUUGCGACGUCAAACGUAGCUUUUUGGCUAAAUCAUUGCAAAAAACACAGCAAUUCUGUAUACAAUAUAAGCUAACGCCGGUGGACACCAAAGUGCUGCCCGCAACAGAAGUGAAUUUCAGCAUAAGUCCGGAGACGUUGCAAAAAUCUGCAAAGGAGCGCAUAAAUAUACCACGAUUUCUGAUAACUGGCAAACUAGAUCAUACCGAGUGUUGUGUAACGCGACCAUUGACAGGACAGUUAACAGUACAGCACACGGAAGUGGCUAUAAAGUCAAUUGAACUGCAAUUAACACGAGUGGAAACCUGUGGCUGCACGGAGGGUUAUUCCAAAGAUGCGACAGAAAUUCAAACUAUACAAAUUGCAGAUGGCAACGUUUGCCCGAAGCUGGAAAUACCUAUUUAUAUGAUUCUACCGCGUUUAUUCACUUGUCCGACAUUGAUUACAAAGAAUUUUAAAAUAGAGUUUGAGUUGAAUUUACUAGUCAUUUUCAAGGAUGAUUACGUUGUUACCGAGAACUUCCAAAUUGUCUUAAAACGUACAGCGCCACCGGGUGAUACUAAAGUAAAUAAUGCUUGCAUUUAAAAUGGAAUAUCUAUGCGUUUGCAGGCAUUCCGAUUGACAAUAAGUCCGAAAAGUUUUCCUUCUUAGGGAAGGAAGCAAAUAUCAUUGAGUUCUUUAUCACUUGCUUGUGCACAUAUAUCAAUUAAGAAUAGUAAGAAAAUAUAUAUUAGCGUGUAAAAAACACAUAUUUUACCGUUAUUCUAUACUUGGCAACUGAUGUCAAUUUAGAUGAAAAGGAUUUUUUGUACCAAACACAAUGAAGCAAGUUGACUGAAUGAAGGUAACUAACUUUACUACAGAAAUUAAGCAAUCAAUUAUAAAUGUUAGAUUGUAGAAUCUAAAAUUCAUUGCAUAUACAUAAGAAUUUUGGCUCUAUCCAUUAAUAAAUAAGAAUUACUUUUUA